AGGGACAUGUUAUAGACUGGCAGAGCUGCGUAACCGCUCGUCUAGAGGGGCCACGGACACCCUUUCAGAGAUGGGCUACCUGGCCCAAAGACGACGGAGAAGAAUUUAAACCGUGUAGCUACAACCUGGACUAAGUGUGGUGUUUCCGGACGUUUUUAUGUAGGAGUUAUUUUAAGUUUAAAAUGUGGGAGAUGGUGGCGUUAUCGAGAGCGAGCUCUCUCUUCCUGUCGUCUAGGACAAGAUGGCAGCAAUGCAGGCGAACUGUGCAUGGUAUGGCUUCAUAAGUCCAUAACAUGUUCAGAGAAGCCCUGGAUUAUACUUAUUGUUACUCUCUGUGAAGGUAUGGCCUCACAAGUCUUGGUCUACCCACCACACAUUUAUCAAACCCAGACAAGUGCCUUUUGCAGUGUGAAGAAACUCAAAGUUGAGCCCAGCAGCUGUGUGUACCAUGAGAGGGCCCACCCGCGGACUUAUCUGAACAGCAGAACCCUUGGCAUCGCGCACCCAACAAAGCAAGCCCACUCGUUUGUGAACCAAGACUUGACAGUGGGUGUGAAAGUGCGUGGCGGACAAGAGUACCCAGUACAGACAGUGGUGGUGCGUGGCGUGCAAAGACAACAGCCCCGACAAAAAGAAGGAGGAGCAGGACCAGCUGCAGCCCGGGAACACCAGGACGCAGGGGUUGUCCCCUCGCAGGGCAAGGGGCAGCAGCUGACGGACACAGCAAGGGGGGGCAGCAGUGGAGCAACAAGGGCAGGCGGAGGGGGAAGGGGAGAGGGCUGCGGAGGAGGUGGGGGAGGUGGGGAGGAAGAGGGUGACGGGGAAGUGGAGGACUGUGGAGGUUUGAACUCAGCUGACAGCUCUCAGCGAUGUGGGCUGAAACGUAAAAGUGAGGAGCUGGAUAACCGAGGGAGCGCCAUGCAGAUAGUGGAAGAACUGUCCAUGUUGCCUGCCAUGUUGCAAACGACGAAUGUGGGGAACACUGCUGUGACUGCGCCCGCGGCUGUAGGGGCUGGAGGGGACCCCUCCAAACAGGGUGCAGGGGCGGGUGGCGUAGCCGGGGGAACAGGAGGAGGGGAUGGGGAUUAUCAGCUUGUACAGCAUGAAGUCUUGUGCUCCAUGAAGAAUACUUAUGAGGUGCUGGAUUUCCUGGGACGUGGCACAUUUGGCCAGGUUGUGAAGUGCUGGAAAAGGGGCACAGGUGAGGUGGUGGCUGUGAAGAUCCUGAAGAACCAUCCAUCAUAUGCACGGCAGGGUCAAAUCGAGGUAGGCAUUCUUGCCCGUUUGAGUGGGGAGAAUGCAGAUGAGCAUAACCUAGUGCGAGCCUUUGAAUGCUUCCAACACCGCAGCCACACCUGCCUGGUGUUCGAGAUGCUUGAGCAGAACCUGUACGAUUUUCUCAAACAGAACAAGUUCAGCCCGCUGCCCAUGAAAGUGAUCAGACCUGUGCUGCAGCAGGUAGCCACAGCUUUGCGAAAGCUGAAGAGCAUGGGUCUGAUUCAUGCAGACCUCAAGCCUGAGAACAUUAUGCUGGUGGACCCGGUGAGGCAACCGUACAGGGUGAAAGUGAUAGACUUUGGCUCAGCGAGUCAUGUGUCGAAAGCAGUGUGCUCCACGUACCUCCAGUCUCGGUACUAUCGGGCUCCAGAGAUUAUCUUGGGACUGCCGUUUUGUGAAGCCAUAGACAUGUGGUCCCUGGGCUGUGUGAUAGCAGAGCUUUUCCUGGGCUGGCCCCUUUACCCUGGGGCCCUGGAGUACGACCAGAUUCGCUACAUUUCUCAGACGCAAGGUUUGCCAGGGGAACAUUUGCUGAAUGUUGGGACAAAGACUGCACGGUUCUUUUGCAGAGAGUCGGACUCACCUUAUGCAGCAUGGAGACUGAAGACGACAGAUGAGCAUGAGACGGAGACUGGGAUGAAAUCAAAGGAAGCAAGGAAGUACAUCUUCAGCUGUUUGGAUGACAUAGCGCAUGUGAACUUGGUGAUGAAUCUGGAAGGUAGUGACUUGUUAGCAGAGAAGGCAGACCGUCGGGAGUUUGUGGGCCUGUUGAAGAAGAUGUUGUUGAUUGAUGCAGAGAAGAGGAUUGCCCCUGCCGAGGCUCUCAGCCACCCCUUUGUGACAAUGCAACACCUGCUUGACUUCCCCCACAGCAACCACGUGAAAUCAUGUUUCCACAUCAUGGAUGUGUGUUGGACUCGUCCAAGCGCGUAUGACGGGGUCAACCGGAAUAAAGGUCCAUUUGUUAGACCCUUGACCACGGCUGCCCCCGCCUCAGUCAGCCACCCAUUCAACAAGAUGACUGGUGUCCACACUCAAGGUUUAGCUCCAUCAGCCCCCUCAGUGAUGCACCCUGGGAUACCGUUGCAGACAGGAAAUGGUCAGUUUGGGUGCAGUGAUUCCUUUCAGCAAGCUCCACUCAUUCUUUGUCCACCAACUAUUCAAGGAAUUCCCACCAAUGCAGCUAAACCGGCCAGCUACUCCGUUCGAAUGGAGACUGCUAUGCCCCUGGUCACCCAAGCACCCCCCAUCCAGCCCCUACAGAUUAGACCGGGAGUCAUCACCCAGCAAGCCUGGUCCAACCGUGCCCAGCAGAUCUUGGUGCCUACCUGGCAACAGGUGACACGUGCCCCACCACCAACCACAUUGGCAUCUGACACUGUGGCAGGCCCACAGAGACUGGGUGACUGGGGGAAGGUGCGUCCCCAUGGUAACCAUUACAGCUCCAUGAUUGCCCACCCUCAGCCACUCUUAACCAACCAAAUGACCAUGUCCGCCCAUCAGCCAAUCAGCAUAGGCAUUGCACAUGUGGUGUGGCCACAGCCUGCUGCCAACAAGAGACCCAAGCCCUGCGUUAACAGGGGCGGCAGCUUCUCCCACAACACAAAUAUCCAAAAUUCAGCAUGCCAAUCCCCAAAGGUGGCCGAUACGGCAAAGACUGUAGUGGAGGUAGAGGAGGAAGAAGCCAGAUGUCCUGAGGGAGGGCAUAUUGUUGGAGAGGAGCAUGUCACAGAGCAGGCGGAGGAGGACGGUGAGGAGAACUGCUGUAAGGUGGAGCCGGACUGUGAAGAGCGUUCAGUAUCGCAGGAGCAGCGGCAGGACAUGGUGAUCUCUGACCUUGCAAGCCCGACUGUCAGUGUCAUCAGUAUCAGCAGUGACGAGGAGGAGAGUGCACAAAGGCACUCAAUGGGGGAGUGUAAUGGUAGCGCAGAUUGUGAGGCAUGCCAGAGCACUGUCAGUAUGGAGAGGGUGUGUUCCCUCAGCAGCCCAGACAGCACACUCAGCACGAGCUCUUCAGCCUCAGCUCAGUCCAGUGCCUCGCCUUGCAAACGCCCCAAUAGCAUGUCUGAUGAUGAACAGGAGAGUGGUUGUGACACAGUGGAUGGCUCACCUGCCUCUGACUCCUCUGGCCAUAGCAGCAGUCCCUUCACCGAGCAGCGCUACAUCGCAGGCAGCAACCAGAACUGCGAGCCACGUGUAGCGUGUGUUGCCCCGGAAACUGAGCCCAGUAAGCCACCAGUGCGUACUAUGGUGGUGCCACCAAUGAGGGUGCAGAACAACAACAACCCUGCCAUCAGUGAAACUACAGGCAACACAGUCUUAGAGUCUUUAUGCCAGUCCAAAGGGCGAGGCAUUCCUGGGCGACAGCUUCACCACUCUACUCCCCUCCUCAAUCGGCCACAGAAGAUCACCCCUGCAUUCCAGCCCCAGCAACAGCAAGCCAUAGGCUUUGGGCAGGUGCAGCAUUACGGUUCCUGCCACCAGGAAUGGAAUGGCAACUAUGCCCACCGGCGACCGCAGGCCUACAUCCCCCCCACCAUGCAUGGGCACACCUUCACUCUGUCCCACAGCAGCCCAAACCACACUGCAGGCCCCCACCCCCACCUCGGGGGCCACCCACACUCCCAGCCCACCUUGUUGUCAUAUCCCCCAUCUGGUUCCCUGGUCACGGCUGCACCAGUGGCCCACAUCCUUGCAUCUCCUGGGGCCUCACGCCCCGUCCUCCAGCCCACCUACAGCAUCUCCCACCCGGCAGGCAUUGUGCAUCAGGUCACCGUGGGCAUCAACCCCCGGCUGUUGCCCUCCCCAACCUUACACCCGCAGGGCCAGUUCAAGCCCCUAUUUCCCCCUCACUCCUACAUCGCCUCGCCUGCCUACGCCAGUUUCCCUCUCAGCCCUACCAAAAUCAACCAGUACCCCUACAUCUGAGCAUCAGCAGGCAGUUUCCAUGCUGCGCUGCCCAGAUACCCUUUGCACCACCUGAGGGCUAAGCAAGCAGGGCAAAUUAUCUCUGAAAUCACAAACAACAUGGUUUUCAUUUCAAAAACCAUGGCACAACCACAGAGAAAGCAAGCUAUUUUUUGAAUUGUGUUGACCUGGGUGUAAUUGAACUUUAAGCUUUAAAAAAAAAAGAAAAACAAGAGUUCCAGUUGUGGAGGGGAGCAGUAGUUAAGAGAAAGAAGGAAAUGAUGUAUGAAUGAUUGAAUGAAUGAGUAGAUAAGAAACUCACACUCAAUGUGUUUUGCACAUUUGAUAUAUCUUUGCAUUGGAUCUUCUACGAAUACUCCUCAAAACAGGUAAAUAAUUGGGGUGAUGUUGAAUAGUUAAACUUUGCACCCCUGAUCCCAGCUAUUUUUCUAUAUUGCCUUCUUACGUGUGCAAGACACAUCCGUAUUUGUAAAGCCAUCACAGUCUCUAGCUCUAGGUUGACAGAUGCACAUGUUGUCUACAGUGUAUGUUGUACUGCGUUUGAAGUAUUUGUACCUUUUCGGUGUCUUUCGGUGUUUGCAAUGUCAAGUCAAUUAACCGAUUUAAAUAGGGUUGUUCCUCACGCUGCAUGUGGUCUUGCAUGAGCAGAAAAAUGUAAACGGAAAGAUGCAUAGACGUUGCUCUUAUUGUUUGUGUCACAAGACUUGCUGCAUUGUAUAAUUGUCCCCAGCCAUAGUGCCUUACAUAUUUGAGGUUGUUAAUGUUACUACUUAUAUAUGACUAUAUACAUGAAUAUUAAUGUACUGGACUGCAGCACUUGAAAUUCCAAUCAGUCGAUGCAUCCUAUGUGUGAGUAUAUAUAUGCACAUGUGUAUAUGUCCAUGCAUAGCCUGCAUGGAUGUGAUGUAUCGCGGAUAGCGGUGCUUACUUUUUGGAGUCAGUGUAUAUUUCAGUGUGUAGUGAGUUACCUUUCUGUUCUUUCAAGAACAGCAUGCUUUGCUGUGGCGAAUGCUUGCUGUUUCAUUUUAAAUGUCUUUGAUUUUUGUUCUCCCUCCCCCGAAUGAACUAGUGUACAAAGUGCAAGUACUGAGUAUUGCUUAAUAUUUGAUAAUCACUUUUUAUUUAGUGAAACUCUUAUUACUAACAGUAUUUGUACUGUUUAAUGAAACUGCAAUACAAUCUAAAUAGUUGUUGAUUUAUUUUUGUCUUUGUAUUUUCAUUUUGAGUGUUUUCACUUUGUUUCCUAGAUGUUUAGAAGUGUGGUGGGCAUGGCUUUGAUUAGGUGAGGACAAAAAUGCAAAUUAAUUCACAGUAUGGAAUCUUCUAAGCCUGAGCAGACCAUGCAGUAUUUGAUAUACACACAUAUAUAGACAUAUAUUAUAGAGCUAGACUAUUUAGUACAGACGCUUGAUAAGGUGUGAGUUAAUUGUGUGCAAUUCUCUCAUUUAUGCAUGUGUGACAAAAUUAACUUUUCCCCUUUACAUUAUACCAUUUGUUUAAGGCUUAAGGCUUAUCGGUGGUGUCAACAACUGCUUAUUUUAUACAUUCCGUCAGGGAGAAUAUAUAUAUAUAUAUAU